ACAAUUCCAGCAGGAAAUAGGAAGAAAAUUGGAAUUUAGAAGAAGUUAGAGAUGGAAAGUGUGUGUGUAACAGGAGCUGGAGGAUUCAUUGCCUCUUGGGUUGUCAAGAUGCUCUUGAGCAAAGGUUAUACUGUAAGAGGAACAGUCCGCAAUCCUGAUGAUGGAAAGUAUGGGCAUCUGAAAGAGUUGGAAGGGGCAGCAGAGAGGCUUGAGCUUGUGAAGGCUGAUAUUCUGGACUAUGACAGCUUGGUGACAGCUAUGAGUGGGUGUAAAGGAGUCUUCCACACAGCUUGCCUUUUGACUGGUGAUCAGGAACAAGUGCUGGAGGCCGCUGUGAAUGGCACUGUAAAUGUAUUGAAGGCAUGCAAAGAAUUGGGAGUGAAGCGUGUAAUACUUACGUCCACCAUUGGUGCCGUUUACCUCGACCCCAAAAGGAGUCCACAGGACGUAGUCGAUGAAGACUGCUGGAGCGACCUUGAUUACUGCAUUGAAACCAAGAACUGGUAUUGCUAUGCAAAGACAGUGGCAGAGAAAGCAGCGUGUACUUAUGCAGAAGAGGUGGGUAUGGAUUUGAUAAGGAUUAAUCCCAGUAUUGUAUUGGGCCCUCUGCUCCAGCCCACUGUGAAUGCCAGCACUGCUCAUGUUUUCAAAUAUUUAACUGGGUCGGCGAAGACAUAUAUAAAUGCAACUCAGGUUUACGUGGAUGUGAGAGAUGUGGCAAGAGCGCAUAUAUUGCUCUAUGAAACUCCCUCUGCCUCUGGUCGAUAUCUUUGUGCAGAAAGAAGCCUCCACAGAGGAGAGCUUGUGGAUAUGUUAGCACAGAUGUUCCCACAAUACCCACUUCCUACCAAGUGUUCGGAUGAGGUAAAUCCAAGGAAAGUGGGAUACAAAUUCAGCAAUCAAAAGCUAAAGGAAUUGGGUGUCUCAUUUACUCCCAUAAAACAAUGUUUGGCUGACACAGUAGGCAGUCUCAGGGACAAGGGCCUUCUUCCAUAGCUACGGAUAGUAGGGGCAAGAAUUACAUGAAGCCCCCCCUCAUACAAGGAGAUCAAGCUGCAGACAUUAUUUUUACUUUAUAGUUGGUUACCAUUGCAUUGAACAUCUGACAUUAAUCUCCAUACUGUACCAUUCCACAAUGUCCAUUAUUCUCUACCAUACGU